AUGUGGGACAAACUGGAGGUUACUUACGAAGGAACCAACAAAGUGAAAGAAACUAGGAUAAAUCUUCUGGUUUGGGACUACGAGUUAUUCCAAAUGAAGGAUGGAGAAUCAGUGGAAGACAUGUUCUCCAGAUUUAGCAAAAUUCUUGGAGAUCUGAAAUAUUUUGGUAAACCUAUCAAGAGUGGUGAACAUGUUAGAAAGAUUCUCAGGAGCUUACCCGCCAUUUGGCAGCCAAAAGUUAUCGCCUUGGAAUGUCAAGAUCUAGACAAAAUUUCCUACGAUGAACUCAGAGGUGAUCUAAUUGCUUUUGAGAAAAAUCACUUGGAUAGAAAAAUUCAAGAGAAGAAGAAAAUUGUUGCUUUUAAGGCAACUGUGGUUGAACCAGAAAAUGAAGAGGAAGAAGAAGGAGGAGAACAAGACGAAAACAUUGCCAUGCUCUCUCAAGUUGUAACAAGCAUGAUGAGGAAAAACAGGAAUAGCAGAAGAGAGAAGCCUAACUUCAGGAAAGGAAGGAUAAGAAAUGAAGCUAAUAAAAAUGAUGGAAGGUGCUACAAAUGUGGAAAGUUUGGUCACAUUCAAGCUGAUUGUCCUGAACUAAAAAAUAAACUCGGCACAAACAUGCAAAAGAAGAAAUCCUUCGGAGCAUGGAGUGAUGAAGAAGAGUCUGAUCAUGAGGAAAUUGCUAACAUAUAUUUCAUGGCUAUGAAUGAAAAUGAAUAUUCAGGAGAACUUGGACUAAUGGCAGACAACAAUGAUGAGGAAGACGACUCAAGAGAACUUGGUCUCAUGGCGGACAAAGGAACUAAUAUAGAAAGAGUCGUGAAUGAACUUAGAAGAAUCAAGAGAGAAAAGAAAGACUGGGCCUUGAAACUAGAAGUAUGUGAGAUUGAGCGUGAUAUCCUACAAGAUGAAGUAAAUGAACUUCAACUUCAAUUGAAUGGAUUGCAAAAAUCCACGAGUCACAGCUCAGUCAAAUCAAAUCAGACUGUUCAUCACAAACAGAAAAUUCCUGCCUAUUCCUUUUGUGGUAAAAACGGCCAUAGUACUAACCAAUGCAUGAACAAAAUUAGAGCAGAAAGAGGCUCUGUCACCAAACUAGAUGGAGGAACAAUUACUUUUGGAGACAAAUCCGAAGGAAAUGUAAUUGGUGUUGGAAAAGUUUCUCUAAGCUCAACAUGUGAUAUAGAUGAAGUCUACAUGGUUGAUGAACUUGGCUAUAAUCUUCUCAGCAUUAGUCAACUAUGUGACAACGACUAUGAGGUUCAUUUUAAGAAACAUGGUUGGUUUAGAGAAUAUGAAUUAGGUAAAAUCAUUCUUUCAGGUAACAGAGACAGAAAUGUCUAUACUAUCAGUAACUUAGAAAAUCUUGGGGAUCAAAUUUGUCUUACUUCCAUGAUUGAUGAUCCCUGGGUUUGGCAUAGAAAACUUGGUCAUGCCAGCAUGUUCAACGAGAAAAAGGAUACUACAUCUCUACUAUCAGGAGUGAUCAUGGAGGAGAAUUUAAAAGCAGAGCUUCUGAAAAUUUUUGCAACAAUCAAGGAAUCUCUCACAACUUCUCUUCACCAAGAUCACCGCAGCAAAAUGGAGUAG